CGGUAUUUUCUAGCCGUCAAGCCGUGGUCACACUGAUAAGGAAAACUCGAAAAUUCGUGAAAAUUCUGCGUACGGAAAGAGGAAAAACUCAAGCGACUGCAAGUUAAAAAACAAGCCAGGAAAAUGUCUUUAUUCGGAGCGCUGAUGGGAGACUUUGACGACGAUCUCGGACUGAUGAACAACCACAUGAACCACACAAUGAACGCAAUGAACUUGCAAAUGCGCUCGAUGAACCGCCUGAUGAACAGCUUCAUGCCGGAUCCCUUCAUGCAGGUCUCGCCGUUUGACCCCGGAUUCCAGCAGGGCGCCUUGAUGGAGCGUCCCCAGAUGCCGGCCAUGCCCGCCAUGGGACUCUUUGGCAUGCCCAUGAUGCCCAACUUCAAUCGCUUGCUGAAUGCCGAUAUUGGUGCCAGUUCGGGCGCCUCCUUUUGCCAGAGCACUGUGAUGACCAUGUCCUCGGGUCCCGAUGGCCGCCCCCAGAUCUACCAGGCCAGCACCAGCACCAAAACAGGCCCAGGAGGCGUUCGCGAGACCCGCAAGACGGUGCAGGAUUCUCGCACCGGCCUGAAGAAGAUGGCCAUUGGGCACCACAUUGGCGAGCGGGCCCACAUCAUUGAGAAGGAGCAGGACAUGCGCUCCGGCCAGCUGGAGGAGCGUCAGGAGUUCAUCAAUCUGGAGGAGGAGGAGGCCGAGCAGUUCGACCGCGAGUUCACCUCGCGCGCCUCUCGAGGAACGGUUCAGCCAGGACAUCGCGGUGGUGGAAUGCAGGCCAUCAUGCCCGCCCGUCCGCCAGCGGCCCACACCUCCACGCUGACCAUCGAGCCGGUGGAGGAUGACGACGAGGACGAUGACUGUGUGAUCCAGGAGCAGCAGCCGCCGGUUCGCUCCGCCGCGGGCCGCCAUUAUUCCACUGCGCCAACGGCACCGCUGAACAGUGGCACGACAGCAGCAGCAGCAGCAACAUCUUCGCCAGCUAUCUACGAUCUAAGCAGCGGAAACAACAAUAACUACGUGAGCUCCCGUCGUUCGUACCUGCGAAAUGGGCAUGGUCAUGGCCUGGCCACGCCCCGCCGCCCCCUGCGGACGCCCCCAUCCUCGCCACUGGCCACCGUGUCCACUUCUCCAAGCAUACACCCACAUCCCUAUGCCGCCCAUUCGAGGCGCCAGCAGCAGCGCGUCAUGAAGCAUCAGCACACGGAGGACCAGGAGGCGACCACCAGCUCCUCCAAGGCGAGCAAACGCGGCAAGAAGCAUUAGUAGAUCAGCUGCAGGCUUCAUGCCCACAUCUUCCAAACCGCACACUCAAAAACACACUGGGAAGCAAGCGUUGGGUCCUGUUCCAGAGCAUCUUUACGUUACAGCAGAAUAGCCAUUUCAAAUUUCGAUUUAGUUGCUUUUAUCACGUCCUGCGUGCGUCCACCUCAAUUUAACAUUUGAAUCUUCUUUUUAUGACCACGCAGGACACAGAACAACUAUUCUCUUACACAAUCCAAAUUGUGACUAUUCAACGCCGGAAGCAUUACACUCUCUCUCAUACCUAAUCGAUGUUUCAAUGAAAGUAAUGGAAAAUAUAUGAAAUCGUAAUUCUAAGUUUGAAUUAUUUGAUUAAUUCUCAAGUUUAUAGAUUUCGUUAGCCACUAAGCUUUAAAUAAUGGAGACCAGAUCCACACACAGGCGAUCCGAUGGCUCCAAAGAAACACACUAUAAUUACCAAUUACCAAUUCCCAAUACAUGUAAUUCGUAAGGCUUAAGUAAAUGUUGAUGUGAAUUUAAUUAAACGGUAAUUACAUUACAUUAGUGAA